AUGGAUGGCGCUGGCAACGCAUUCCUCGACUUGGCCCUAGCUUUACCCAUACCGCCAGAAUGGCCAAAAUACACCACUGCUAUCAUCGUCACUACCGUAGCUAGUCGAUUGAUAUUUACGCUACCGUUCUCCCUUCUGGCUAGAAGGAGAAACAUACGUGUCGAUGAGCGGGUCGAGCCUGAACUCAAAGCCAUGUCGAAAGAUCUACAGAGGGAGGAGAACUUGAAGAUGAUACAGGAGGGUGUGACUGGCACCCAAGAACAAUUGAAUAAGAUGUAUCGCGAACGCUUCAAGAAAGCCAUGCAAGCGAAGCGCAAGGAGCUACUGAAGAAGCACAACGCCAGCUCAGGCCUCACCACAAUCCUCCCGGCUCUGACGCAGCUUCCCGUCUUCUUCGGGAUGUCAGCCUUCUUCGCCCGCAUCGCCUACCCGCCCUACACCGACCUCCUUGACACAGAGACGUUCUUCACGCUGACCAGCCUAACACACGCCGACCCAACAGCAACAAUCCCCAUUCUGCUCGGCUUUGUGACGCUGGCGAACACAGAGAGCGCGAAUUGGUUCAUGCCAGACAGAGUUAAAGCUGCGGAUGAGAGGGACAGGAAGAGGGUCGCCGAGGCCGUGGCGCGGAAGGAGUUCGCGAUGCCGGCCAUUAAUAGACUGAUGAGGCCUGCGAUGAGGAUCGGGUCUAUUGGGAGGAUUGUCGUCGCGAUGAUCGCGCCUGGCACUGUGCAGAUAUACUGGUUGACGUCGGCUACGUUCGGUCUGCUACAGACCUGGGUGUUCGACUUCUUGGAUAGGCGGCGUUAUGCGAGGAAGGCGGCGCUGAAGGUCGUCGAAGCUGUGAGCGCAAAGACUGCAAGUUCAGCUGCGACAGCUGCCGGCGCGGCAAAGCCAAAACGGACAUAG